AUGGGUCUAUUGGAUUCGUUAAAGAAGAAGGUGGGGGGAUCCUCAAGGAAGGGUUCAUCAGCGCAACCUCAGACCGCUGGCUGCAACACACCGGCUACAGGACAAGGGGCGGCAGGCGCGGCUGGGCCAGGCGCGCCGCCGUCACCAAAGGAGCCGGUUACAAAAGGAGCUUAUUUGACGUUUGACGGCGCCAGUAACGGUACUUUGUUCAUAGUUUGGAGUGCAACUCCAGUGGAAGGGGCAAUGGCCUUCUUCGAGCCGAAGAAGGCGGUGGCUGAAUUCAAGUAUAAAGACAAGGGUGGCAAGUCUGAGAUCGUGAGGAACUUGAUGCAAGACAAGGCAAAGUACUACGAUGGUUGGUGCCAGUUCUUCAAGGCUGCUGCAGAGCAACACGGAGUGUGCCGUCUGCUUCCCGGGGCGGAAGAGGCACCUCUGAAGGUAGAAGUGGCAUUUCUCGAUGGCACAAAGGUCUUGCGCCUGGAAAACGGCAAGGAGCUACCCGCUAAAAACAUGGCAGCCAUCGGCUGCGUCCCUCGAGGUGACCCCGGCUUCCAGGCGCAAACCCUCGCCAAAGACGUUUUCUUACGAAACGCACGCAGGGGUGGAGGUGCCAUCACCCUUUAG